AUGUCCAAUAAUCACCUUCAGUACCAGCUGUCCGAAAAAGGUGGCCAGUUUGCGCUAGCCUCCGUCUCCACCCCGCCCCCCGGACCGAACGAGAUAUCUAUCCGUACCAGAGCCGUGGGAUUGAAUGGCCUGGAUUGGAAGAAUCGUGCAUUUGGCAUCAUGAUCCAGGCCUGGCCCGCUGUGCUAGGUGUUGACGCUGCUGGUGUUGUUGAGGCCGUUGGUGACGAGGUCACCGCCUUUCAACCCGGCGAUGAAGUAUUUAGCCUGGCCGGUAUGGAGCCCAAGGCUGGUGCUUUCCAAGAGCUUUUCACUGUCCCGGCGCAUUUUGUUGGCAAGAAACCUUCUGCGUUGACCUUUGAGCAGGCAGCAUCCCUCCCAAUUGUAACCGUCACUGCCGCCGCAGCAGUUACGGUGGGAUUGCAUUUACCCUUGCCACAUCUUGAUCCCACAGGUACCAGCGAGUAUAAGCUGGAAUCUAUUCUCGUCUUGGGUGGUAGUUCCGGCAUCGGUGCAGCCGCAAUCCAGUACUUGCGACUGGCCUUGCCUGAUGCAACUAUUCUUACCACCAGCUCAAGGCAGCACCAUGAGCGCCUCCUUUCACUGGGUGCUACUCGUUGCUUUGAAAGACGUGCUCAGGAUGAUCCCAUUGAUAUCAGAUCUUCGACUUCCCACGGUGCCGGUGUAGACGCCAUCAUUGAUCCGGUCGCAGCUGCAGCCAAUCAGCUCGCAGUCUUCGCUGCACUCAAUCCAAAUGGACCACAACUCUACUCGCAGGUUGUCACCGGUCAGAAUGUGGCAGUACCUGAGGAAGUCAAGGCAUCUGUGCUCUUUGGUCGCCAGAUUUUUGGCACCAAGGGCGGGACGGCAGUGCUGCAGGGUUUAUCUGAAUUGCUGGAGGAAGGCAAAUUCCAGCUCCCUACCAGAGUCGAGGUCGUAGGCAACGACUUUGAGGCAAUUCAGCCAGCUUUGGAAACGUUGAUGAGAGGCGGUGUCAGUGGCAACAAAUAUGUAGUCAGUAUUUAA